GGCAAACCACGAAGCAAAGCAGCGACAGAUUAACUGCCAACAUGCAGAUCUUCGUCAAGAACCUGAGUGGGAACACUCUCACUCUGAACGCAGAGCCCACCGACACUAUCUCCGCCAUUAAGACCCAGGUUUUCGAGAGAGAGUCCCUUUCCGUCGAUGAACAGCGAUAUGUCUUCGGUGGAAAGCACAUCCGGGACGAAUUUCCACUGAGCGAAUAUGGCAUCCAGAAGGAGUCCACCCUUCACCUUGUCCUCGACCUCCCCGGUGGUAUCAUCGAGCCCUCUUUGAAGGCACUUGCCUCCAAGUUCAACUGCGAAAAGAUGGUCUGCCGAAAGUGCUAUGCCCGUCUCCCUCCACGUGCCACUAACUGCAGAAAGAAGAAGUGCGGACACACAAACCAACUCCGACCAAAGAAGAAGCUGAAGUAAACUGGUGCUUUUAUAUUACGUGGUUCCGCCAGGGUUGUGGUAUGGUGUUUUACUUGGGUGAACAUGACAUAAUGACGUCUUUCAAAGGAAGAAAAGACCGUAUGUUAUUUAUUUACAUUUCCAAUUAAAAAAGGUCUUCCUAGUUGGCAAUACCCAGAGAGCUAUUUAGCAU